GCUCCGAUUGAUCUUGCCAUCCGAUUGGAUUAGCAGCUGGAAUUGGGCCUGGUUUCCACUUGUGUUUUUCUUGCUGUAUUGUUAGUUGAUGACAGAACUAUCGAAUCGUUAGAGUUGUUCUGAAAGCGCGAUUAUUCUUUGGAUUCGUGUGAAAGUAAGACGGUGUGAGGGCGACAGAGAUCUCGGAGCCUUCUAGUCUUGUAGGGUCUGCUGACUGAGCUGACUAUGAGGAGAACAGGAUAUUCAGGGAUUGCAAGGACUCCUAGUGGGAGGUUAAGGAAAAUCUCAGAUCCCACGAGUCCAACUUUAAAAAGAUCUUUUGAAGUAGAGGAGGUUGACACCCCAACGCAUCCCUCCCUCCCUUCCAGAAGAACAGCAAACCCUCUCCUGAGGUCUGCAGUGUCCAGCUCCGCACAGAGAUUCCAGGACUUGGGAACCAAACACUCCUCGGAGCUCUCAACACAGAGAUCCCCCAAGACGAGCCUGAGGAGAGUGGAGCUGACAGGCUCCCGGCUCCCUGAAGCAGCCUCCCGGCGCACUGAGAUCUCCAUUGACAUCUCCUCCAAGCAAGUGGAGAACACCAGCCCAGGGGUAUCGAGAUUCGGACUUAGGAGGCCAGAGGCCCCGGGUCACAAGCCCCCGGAGUUGAUCCAGAAACGGGCAGAGAUAUCCGUCGGCAAGCCCCAGGAACCCCCCCUGAGACGCACAGAGCCUCCCUUCUCCAGGAUCCCCGACCCGCAUCCCAGGAAGACAGAGUUUACAACAGCCACACAAGCUGAGGUGCCUUCAAAACGUGUUGAGGUUCAGGUCACAAAACCUGAAGAGCUCCCUGCUCCAGCAAGGUCAGCGCCAAACAACCUCCCUGCUGCCAUCAGUGUGCAGCAGAGCCAGCCACAGCCUGCAGAUAAAGAGGUCUUAAUCAAGAGUCGAGACGUGCCAGAGGUAAUUCCCUGCAACACAAGCACCGCCAUGGCAGAGCCUUCCAGAGACCCGGCCAGCAAGCCAGUCCCGUCGGUACGUGGCGAGAGGCUGCCCCCCGACUUCAACUACGUGGGUAUCGAUGCCAUCCUGGAGCAGAUGAGAAGGAAGGCCAUGAAGCAGGGCUUCCAGCUCAACAUUAUGGUUGUGGGUCAGAGCGGACUGGGAAAGUCCACGCUGGUGAACACUCUCUUCAAGUCCAAGGUGAGCCGCAGAUCCAUGCAAGCCACUGCCGAGGAGAGGAUCCCCAAAACCAUUGAGAUCAAAUCUGUCAGCCACGAUAUUGAGGAGAAAGGAGUCCGGAUGAAGCUCACUGUAAUCGACACGCCCGGAUUUGGAGAUCACAUCAACAAUGAGAACUGCUGGCAGCCCAUCAUGAAGUUCAUCAAUGAUCAGUAUGAGAAGUACCUUCAGGAGGAGCUCAACAUUAACAGGAAGAGGUGGAUCCCGGACUCCAGAGUGCACUGCUGUAUAUACUUCAUUCCCCCCACCGGACACUCCCUUCGACCCCUUGAUGUGGAGUUUAUGAGGCGUCUCAGUAAAGUGGUCAACAUUGUGCCUGUGAUCGCAAAGGCAGACACGCUGACUCUAGAGGAGAGGGACUUCUUUAAACAAAAGAUCGGGGAAGAACUCGGAGCCCACGGCAUUGACGUUUACCCACAGAAAGAGUUUGACGAGGACACUGAGGACCGCAUGAUCAAUGAGAAGAUAAGAGAAAUGAUUCCAUUCGCUGUGGUCGGCAGUGACCAGGAGUACCAGGUGAAUGGGAGGAGAAUCCUGGGGAGAAAAACGAAAUGGGGCACCAUUGAAGUUGAGAAUAUUGCACAUUGUGAGUUUGCAUAUUUGCGAGACCUCCUGAUAAGAACACACAUGCAGAACAUAAAGGACAUCACCAGCAGUAUCCACUAUGAGAUGUACCGUGUGAAGAGGCUGAACGAGAGCAACGCGUACUCCAAUGGGGUUUCUGAACAAGACGCUUCGACCAAUGAAAUGUAAAGCAGGCUUCGCAGGCCACACCCCUCCGUCCGCCUGGAUAAGCCAAAAAGAAAACCAACUUGAACAAAGUGCCAAAUGUGACCAAAUGUGUGUGUAGAGUAAUAGUGUCUAUGAGCUCCCACUCACUCUGAAACCCGCCUGAAUCGCACUGGGGACAAACUGCAGCAGCCUGACGAGAGUCUAGAGGCUGGGGCCGGGGCAGACUGAGGUUAAGCUUUGCUUUGCUUUGUGUGUGUGUGUGUGUGUGUGUGUGUUUGUGUGUGUGUCCAUGGCAUUUUGAAUUUGAAUUCCUAGUGGAUCGUUUCCUCAGAGCAGUAAGAGAUGUGUUCAUAGAGGGGAAUGUGGCAGGUCGUGAUGUGGGGUGCUUGUUUAUAAAAGUUGCUGUGAGUUUUCAGCAAUAAUGUUCUGUUGCGUUUUAUAACAAGUUUUCUGAAUGUUGGGCAAUUUUCUAAUUUAUUUGUAGUACUUUGCUGUUAAAUAAAUACUUUUAGCAACCAGUAUAACGCAGCUUCUAAAACACACACAGCAAGCUUUCCUAAGUAAGGCUGUUGGGAUGGUUUGAGUUGAGGGGGAAAGAGAGCUUGGUAAAGGUUUUGGUGGAUUUAGUAAAUUGAGAGAUGGGGACUGCUUGUCUAACUGGACAGGUGAGUUCAGAGUGAUUUUAUAGAAUUGCAGUGCAGACAAUUGGAAGAAACUGAACGGUGUAAUGUGUGUAGCAUUGUGAGGAGGUUUGUGUAGCAGCGCUGACAGGGCUGUCUUGUGUGUAAUGUGUUUUGUUGACAGGGCUGUCUGAUUGUGUGUUGUGUUGACAGGGUUGUCUGGUGGUGUGUAAUGUGUUGUGUUGACAGGGCUGUGUGAUUGUGUGCAGACAGUGUAGAGCAGCAUUUCAUUCAUUGUUUUCUGGACCUUGUUGUAAACUGUCUGAUUGCUUCUUCAGUGCUGUUCAGUUGCAUUUGUCCUUGAAUAUUUGUCCUGUUUUGCGAAGGACGGGGGGGGGGGGGGUCAUAAUAAGUUUAUUGGUUCUGCUUUCUGUGCCUUAUGUAAUUAUUACCUAAUAAGAGCUGUGUUAUUUUUCCUCUAAAGUAAAACAUCUAUAAUUUGAUGUAAUAAAAGAUCAACUCUUUGUACUGAAUGGAAAGGUAUUGCCUCUGAAUGCAGAUCAUGGUUGGUGAGAUCUCCUCUUCCAGGCGCACUCUUUAUGAUCUGUACUGAUGAUGACUCGCUCUUAUUUAUUUUUCCUUUGAUUAGCACCUUUCUUUUUCUUUAGGGGGCGGGGGGGGGACUAGCUCGAGAUGGAUCCAGUGUGUUUAACAUGGUCUUCAGCACAAAGGACACACUGUUGGAUCACAGUACAACAUGAUGCGAUUUGCACAACCUGUCUAGCUGUGCCUUGCAUACUGAUCGUCGUGCUGCUUCGAUGUACAGUGUGUUUCAGUUCAAUAGCUAUAGAAGUGCAGCAAGCUCCUCUGUGGAUCAUGUAUUUGUCAGUGUGCAUUUCUGACAUCUUGAAUCUGUUUACUAAACAUGAUGUCACCUCACGCCCUUCCAGGGGCAUUGCAUCCGAAUGCAAAGCUAAGAGCACUUCUGGCGGGUGGGGGGGGGGGGGGGAUUCAUUGAGAGCAUUUUCUUGUUAAUUUCUUUUCUGUUUUUGUUUCAGCAAUUCAAAGAUUUAAGCAUAUCUUAAACUUUUCAGUAUGGAAUCUAUUAAUUGUGGGUAAUAAUAAUAAAAGUAUUAGGCUUUUUUUGUUAACAAAUGAUGAUAAAUAACACAUUUUUAUGUUUUUAUAUCAUUUCCUAAAAUAAACAUUUGCAAAUUGUG